GGAAGGAAGGAAGUGGGAAGGUGUGGGGAGGAUGUUUUCUUCUUGUAAUCACUACCCACUCAGUGGUGUCGGUAUCUUGCCAGUGCUUUCCAGAGCCCCUGUGAUCUCGACCACCUUGCGUGACUUCAUGUGUUAUGGUGUUUACACUGCCCUUUCCUUGGAGAUUAAAGUGGAUGCCCAUGUUCGGGGUUAUGUUGGAGAAAAGAUCAAGUUGAAAUGCAUGUUCAAGUCGACUUCAUCUGUCACUGACAAACUCACCAUAGAUUGGACAUACCGACCUCCCAGCAGCAGUCGCACAGAAUCAAUUUUUCAUUAUCAGUCCUUCCAGUACCCAACCACAGCAGGCACAUUUCGAGAUCGAAUUUCCUGGGUUGGAGAUGUAUACAAAGGGGAUGCAUCCAUAAGCAUAAACAACCCUACCAUGAAGGACAAUGGGACAUUCAGCUGUGCUGUGAAGAAUCCCCCAGAUGUGCACCAUAACAUUCCUAUGACAGAGCUAAUAGUCACAGAAAGGGGUUUUGGCACCAUGCUCUCCUCAGUGGCACUUCUUUCCAUUCUUGUUUUCAUUCCCUCAACUGUGGUGGUGGUUCUGCUGCUGGUGAGAAUGGGGAGGAAGUCUGCAAGGCUGAAGAAGAGGAGCAAAUCAGGCUUUAAGAAGUCAUCUAUUGAGGUUUCAGAUGACACUGACCAAGAGGAGGAAGGUGACUGCAUGGCAAGGCUUUGCGUCCGUUGUGCUGAGUGCUUGGAUUCAGACUGUGAAGAGACAUAUUGAUGAAAGUCUGCAUGAUAUGAGAAGAAUCACCUAAUAACCGAAAAUAUCCCAUUCCACUGGCAGCUAAAGCCUCUCAGAGAAGUGGAGCUGACCUGGAGACUAGUGAUAGAAGAUUCUUGAAUUCAUCAGUCAAGACUUUAGGAACCAUUUAUUUAUUGAAGAAAUGAUCUUUUUGUAUUUAUAAACUGUUUGGAAACUUUCAGAAGAGACUCAUAACUACCCCUUUUAAUAUCAUACUCUAAUUGAAUGAAAGAAUUCUUCUCCUGAACACAAAGAUACUUUUUAUUUCACCUUUGCUUUUGAAUGUAUUACAUGUUUUAUUCCAAUUUGAGGGAGAAUCCUAAAUGUUGACCACACUGCUGAUACCAAAUUUUUUUAAAUGAAAUAGAGCUUUGUAGCUUCCUGAUAUGCUACCAGACAAAAUGUUUGGGUUUUUUUGCUCCCUGAACAUUUUCAACUGUGAAUUAGCAUGCAGCAUAUUACUCACUGGUUUAAUUAUCUCAUCAUCAAUUAUGUUUGGGUGACUUGGAGCAUAUAACAUUAAUUUCCAUAGAGUUGAUAGGCUCAGGAGUAAGUGCUUUGAGUGGGUUUUUAAAGUGUUAUCAAUUUACAGUCAAGUAAAGGAAUGGUGAGAUAGAGGGAGUCCUUUUUUUUUUCUUGCCAGGUACAACUUGUUAUUUUACUUUCUUAGGAUUGGUUUCCUUCUUGACAUUAAAAUCAGAGGCAAGAAAAACUCUCCAAAAGAUUUUGUGGGACUAUAUAGAGUAUAUUACCAGUUAUUUACAAGGAAAUAUUCUUUUAACCUGUGUUGCCUUGAAAAUGUUUUUUGAUUUAUAAAAUGAACCAAAUAUGAGUGAACUGAGGUAUUUACAAACUGUUUUUAUAUAAUAUUUGAGAUAAGGAAGUGAUGUUGUCAUAACCUAUACUUCUCCCUUCUGAUCUCUCUCACCCUUAUAUCAACUUCCUUCCCUUACCUACAGCAGCCUAUUUUAAACUUUAAUUUACAUGAGAAUUUCUAUAAGCCAUUAAGAAAUAUGUAUGACAUGUCAGGAAGGACUGACAGUGUAGUCCUCUGUGAUAGAGUGAUAUAGUUCUCUUCUCAAGUAUGAGAGACAAAAAUUACCCCUUCUUUGUUUUUUCAUCAGGAUAGUCCCUCCCCAUGCUCUUCACUAGGUGGCUCAGCACAUUGCCAUUGUACAUACAUUAUACACUGUAUAUGUUAUUAAAUAUCACUUUUAUAUUCUUUGCCAAGAUCUAUUUUUAAAAAUUUGAUUUGUUAGCUAUGUCUCAUAGAUUUGGCCUGGCCUCUUUUGUUAACCUUGUCCAUAGAUUAGAGCCUGGCUAGUUAAUAGACAUUAUGAUUUACCUCUGGUCCUGUAAGGAAGUAGAAGUGACAGGAUACAAUUAGCAGUUUACAUUUCCAGUGGUUAAACCUCACAGUGUAGGACUACUUCUUAAGUAUGUGGUUGUCUGGGGCCAAUGUAGUGGGCCAGUCUGGCACCUCAGUAGAGAGAGGGAAACAGUUUGGGCAGUAAGAGUAAAUAAUUUAGGCUCUAGAGGAUUUGAAGAUGGUGAUGUAAUUGUGAGGCACACUUUUUGUAGGUCCUCAUUUCUUUGGUAAAGAUGAUAUUCUGGGAACCCAGUUAAAGCCACAUCCCAUUAAAUGAGGAACUAGUUUUAGCUGGAUUUUCUUGUAAUUUUCUCUCAGCCAUGUUUUCAGGAUUAAUCCUGUGUGAUAUGUUUGUCACUUCAGGCAAAUGGUGCUCUAUGAAUCCUUAGUUGUGUUGUUUUGUAGCUCUGAUCAUGAUUUGAAGCAGUCCCUUGCUUUUGAAAUGAAUGAGCAACAGAGUCCUUCAUAGGAAGAGAGUACGUUGGUAAUUGAGUCAGCUCCAUGGGUUUGUGUUCACAUCACAGUCAUAAGGCUGCUAUCAGUUUUCCUUCUUCAUUUCUUAUUUUGAGGUCUGGGUUAUAGCUUUCUUCUUCAAAGGAGCACAAGGCAGUGUUUGAACACCUGCUUUCUUUAAGGAAGGAAGAAAAAGUGUUUUUGUUCCUCUGUUCUAAUAUAUUCUAGGUGCUAUUCUUUAUCUUGUUGAUGUUCCAUGAGUUUUUAUCACACUCUAUGGAGACCAGCCUUGUCUAGAAAAGGAAUUUAAUUCUGAAGUCUUCAGAAGGGGUUAAAAGCCUUUGAGAAUUUUUCUUUGGCUGCUCAAGUAUUUAUUUCUGGUUAUAUUACUUUAUGAGUUUUGUGCAUCUAACUCUUAAUUCUGUUUCCAAAUGUGAAGUUACAGAAUGCUUGGUGUUUUUCCCAUGUGGCCUGUUGCCUUAGGCUUUUUGGGGAACAGCUUAGUUCUCUGCAACUCCCAAAUUAGAUACUGGUACUUCAAGGGGGAAUAUUGCAUGUCUCUGCCUUAAAUACUGGAGGCCAGAUCCUGAAUCUGAAUAUUCUGAUGUGCCACUCUGUUAUGGUUCCAAAGGGGAGCUUUAAAAAGAUCCACAGGGGGUGGACCAAGACUACCAUUUAAUUGCACAUCUCAAAACUUGGCUGUCAGGAGAGGCAGCUCCAUGCCUUUGACCCCAGUGCUGUACUGUUAGACUGUUAAUUGCUGCAUUUCACUGUAUUUUAUUAUUUUUGUCUUUAGGUAAGAGAACAUGUACCUAUUGGGCCAUGUGCACAGACAUUGUCAGGCUUGAUCUCUUUACCACAUCAUAGUUAAUAAACUUCUUUGCACUUUCUAGUGUAUAUCUA